UUUCAGAGAAGUGGCCAAUCAGAACCUGAAGAGAAGAGUCAAAACAACGACACCCCCAUCAACAUUUUCAUUUUUUCCAUUACUUUCUCAGGAACCAAACAAGAUUAAAGAAAUGCACCUCCGGUCCCUCUUCCUCCUUCUCUCUCUUCCCCUUCUGCGUCUCAUAUUCAGAAUCGUCGAUUCGUUCUAUAAAAUAAUCACACUCUCUCAGAUCAGAUAUCUUGUGAUUUAAUCCACUCUCGUCAGCACUCUCUCUCAUACACUCCACCAACCAUUUAUAGGUUUUCAAUCGAUCUUCUCGUAGCAAAUUCAAUUGAUUGGAGUGUUUCUCAGAAGCUAUGGAAGAAGAAGAAGCACCACUAGUUGCUGAGAACUCCGAAACUCAAACCCUAACGAAGAAGAACCAUACCAGAGAUGUGCAUAUUCUGAGCUCGGCUUUCUUGUUGAUUUUCUUGGCUUAUGGUGCUGUUCAGAAUCUGGAGAGUACAAUCAAUACUGAGGAAGAUUUAGGGACAAUUUCGCUCGGGAUAUUGUAUUCGUCUUUUAUGGUUUUUUCUUUCUUUGCUUCAUUGGUGGUUCGGUUUCUGGGUACAAAAAAUGCUCUUGUUCUUGGGACUACUGGGUAUUGGUUGUUCAUAGCAGCGAAUUUGAAGCCCACAUGGUACACGAUGGUUCCAGCUUCCUUGUACAUGGGAUUUUCUGCUUCAAUAAUAUGGGUUGCGGAGGGUACAUAUCUUACAUCUACAGCACGCAGUCAUGCACAUGAUUUAAACUUAGAAGAAGGAAACGUGAUUGGUAACUUCAAUGGAGAAUUUUGGGGAAUGUUUGCAGGUCACCAGUUUGUUGGAAACCUCAUGUCUCUUGUUCUAUUGAAAGAUGGAACGUUAAAAACCCAGGAAAACCAUCUUUGUUUUAUAAUUUGUCAUUUGUUUGAUUCAUUAAGUUUUUCAGACUCAGUUUAUAUCUGGAAUAUGUGUCAGUGUUCACUGGCUAUGGGUCGACUCACCUCUGGUCUCAAGUCAAUCACUCUAAUAGUUUGUGCUGGAGCUUUCAUUCAGUUAAUUGUACUGCUUUGGCUUCUACUGAAGUACAGCGUAACUAGUGGAGUACUCGGCAUUUUAUACCCCCUUCUCAUGGCAGCCGCAUUGGGAAUUGGGGAUGGAAUAUUCAACACACAGCUUAAUGCUUUGCUUGGGAUGCUCUUUAAGCAUGAUAUGGAAGGAGCAUUUGCACAGCUCAAGGUUUGGCAGUGCGUUUCGAUCGCAGUUGUGUUUUUUGUGAGCCCGUACAUUUCUUUGCAUGCCGUGUUGGUGGUUAUGCUUGUUGCAGUCUGCAUCUCUGUUGUCGGGUUUCUAUUCCUCACUCUUAUGGUCGAGAAAGCAUUCUCUUUUGUUGAUUGAUUUUUUGCAACCAGAUAUGUAAUCAAUAUUUGUUGCCAAAACAUGUAUUAUUCACGUCUUGCACAUUGAUUGCCUCAGAAAGUUGCAUCUGCCUGUAAAAUCUAUUAAAUAAGAAAAUAUGUUCACCUGUUAAUGUUUCUUCAAAAUAAAAGUAUUGAGAGGCUAA